UGUUUAGAGAAGAAGAGAAAAGAUGAAGUUGCCACAGAAAUGAAAAAUAACAAAGAAAAUCAACAGCAAACGCUCGGUCCUGUGCGUUUACGUGGGGAUACCCACGUUCUCUCAAAAACCAAGGCAAACGAGCAUGAUCUGGUCCCAAGCUGCUUGAAUCUCUAUGCUGGAAAGCAAAAGUCUUCUCUUGGCCAUUUUCAGCCUUCCUCCUCUAACUCUUUGAACAUCCAGAAUGGGCUAAAUAAUGAACAUCUGAUUUCAAAUGUUUCAGCAGACAAGCCAGGGCUGGUUUUGGUCCCUACUGUUAUUUCCACUGUCAAUAUUUCCAAUAUAGACAUAAGCACCACUUCUGAUUGUUUAUCAAUGUUGGCUGACUGGGAGGAUGUGCCAUUAAUACCUGAAUCACAAGAUGAUCAAAGUUCAGAAUCUUCGCAUUUGAUGACUGACCUAAAUAACGAGACUUUAUUAAUGGCAGGAGAAAGAAUGGAGAUGAAUCACUCAAAAGUCAUGAAUUCAGCAUCGGAAAGUGUUAGUGAAGAUGUGUUAAAUAUGGAGACGCCAAAAUCUAUUCAGUACAGAAGCCCUGAUACUACUAUCUAUAAUACAGGGAUGGGCUCAAGUAAGUUUUCUAAUUCUUCUGAGUUUAAGCUCCCUCCCCCAAAGGCAAAUAUUUCUUCUGCUGAUGCCUCAAAUUGCAAAAAUCUUUUUGCACAUUCAUCGGAUGCUCCUAAGAGGAAACCUUCCAGUCCAAAAUAUCUUCCUCCAGCAAAAAAAGUACCCUUUGCAGUAUACGAAGAUAAAGAUACUACUUCAUCUUGUAAUUCAAGUUUGCAUGAGGUGUCUUUCACUGUUUUGAAAUCCUCAGUCAACUUAAACCAAUCUUUAAGGACUACCGAAACUGGGCGAGUGACCCCUCCGUUGUGUAAAUGUGGCCGAAGAGCGAGAAGGCUCAGUGUUUCAAAUGGUGGCCCCAAUCAUGGCAAAAUAUUCUAUAGCUGCCCGGUUGGAAAACAGGAGGGGAGCAAAAAGAGCUGUGGUUAUUUCAAAUGGGAGCAUAGCCUCCUAAAGGAGAAACUUACUUCUCCUUCGACUUCAAAUGUCAGAGGGCUCUUUUCUCCUAGAACAAGUUGCAGUUCAUCAGGAAAUUCUCAAAGGAGGCACCUGGGUCUCCGACCUUCUAUGAGAACCUAGCACAACCUUUCCUCCUUUGAGUGCUUUAUUGGGGAACAAUCAGCUCAUAUCUCUCUAAAUCAGAGAGGUUGUUUGACAUUGCAUCAUCGUAUUUCUGCAGGUUAUUGUGUAUGAAGCUGCCAAAGCAAAAAUCAAGAAACAAAAUGUUUGGGGGAGGGAUUUGGUGAGAUAUCCAUCAUGUAAAAAGGGUUGAACAGAAUUCUGUGAGCUAAUGUGAAGAGCUGCUCUUUUAUAGCCUUUUGUAAAUGUGUUCCUUCUACAAAUCAAGGUUGCACAUUUUGAUCUUUUGUAUGCCUUUUAUAUAAAGACACGCUGCCGUUACUAGAUAAUAGAAUUUUCUAGCUGAACACACAUUUGCAGUUGUCUGUAUUUUUAAGAAAUGAUAUGUAAAGUAACAUGGUUUUAACUUUUUUAAAGCAAACAACUUGACCACUGGUGAAAUAAAAUAAAAGUACCACAAAAUUCCUGAAUAUUUGCUGUCUGACUUCUUCAACAAAGCAGUUUAAACAACUCCAAAGUAAAACUGGCAACCUUUUCAUUGUUGUGAUGUUCUUUUUCGGCACUUUUUUGUUCAGUUGUUUAUAUUGCCAUAGCGCUGGAGAAAGCAUUUAAAGACUGAGUUGUGCUUGGGUGAUUUAAACGCCCCGUCUCUUAUUUCUGUGGUUCUUUUAUCAACAAUUCCGUGUUGCCCGUUUCUAGAGUGUACAUAGUAAUGUUACGUAGGCUUGGCCACAUUGCAGUCAACAGAGAUGGAGCCAUUCACCAAAAUUGGUCUCUAGCCAGCUGUGGAUGCAUUAUGGUGAGCAGAGAUUUCCUAAACCACACUGAGUGUAGCUUAGUUUUCUAAAGGAGAAAGUCAUCAGUAAACUCUCUAGAACAGUAGUCCCCAACCUUGGGCCUCCAGAUGUUCUUGGACUUCAACUCCCAG